AUGUCAAAUGGAAGUUGGUUUGUUUUCGAUGAAUUUGUUAUGGGUGGUGGCAUGAUGUGUCAACGCUGUACACAACCAAAUCUACAAUUGCCUGGAGGAGUCGAAUUGGAUGGUUCUAGACUAUUUCGUAAUCGAAUGUAUUCUCAACAUGGAGUCAUUCUUCCAGUUCAACGAGAGAAACAUUCUGCAGAAGGUCGAAAGCGACAUGAUACACUUCGUGCUUAUGUAAUUAAUAAUAAACGCUUCACCAAAACCGACAGAAAAGAAAUAAAUGCUGCGAUAGAUGAAAUUAACAAUUACACUAUUGCACAUCAAAAUGAAAACAUAAGUACUAUCAACAAAUUAGAUUGGCCACUUGUCAAGGUCUCAUAUAUAGAUUACGGUUCAAUCAAAGGUCAAAAAAAGAAAUCAUCUCGAUUCAAUGCAACUCCAAUAGAUGCUAGACUACCAACGUAUGAAUUGAUAGAAACUUAUUUUACGGCUCAGUUACGAUUAUUGCGAACUAUGGAUAUUCAUAUUAUAGGACCUGGUACAGGUGCAAUGUAUCAAACAUUUUUAUCGGAUGGAUCAGUUGUUAUUAAUGUCGGUGGUUUAAUACCGUUGAGAUCAGAAGAUCAAAAUAUAACGUAUACAGGAUAUAUGGAACAGUACAUGGCAUCUGGUGCACCCUAUCUCAAAGCUCUCUAUUAUCCGAUUAAUGAAAGGCCAAAAGGAAUAAAAAGAGAAGAAUUAGUAAAACUCAUUCGAAAAGCAGCCAAACUUAUCAUGAAUGGCUUUUCUAUACCAGUAAAUUCAAUAGAAAACUUGGCACCAGAUGGACAAUUAUUUAUUGAAAUGUGUAAAAGAGAUAAAAAAUUUUGCGAACUUGUUACAGCAAGAGCACCAGGUACUGAUUUUGGUUGUUAUCAUUUUUGGGUAGAAGAACUUAUUCACGAACGUGGACCUUGGAGAGAACAAGUGAGUACUCAUGGUAUUAGAAAAACUCGAUGUUCAUACAAUCUUACAUUGAUGCGGGAAUUGAGAGACAAAUAUGGCAUUCGUCAUUAUGAGAUAAGUGUUAAUCAAUCGAAAAUCUCUGGUUAA